AUGUUGCUAACAAGUCCGAACAGUGCCUUUGAAUCCCACCCCCAGUGCCAGCCCCCUAGCACCCAUCCAACUAUCUUCUUCCUGUACGACUUCGUCCGCAACAGCCACAACCAGCUGAAGGCCGUCGACGCCGACAAGUACGCUGCUGGUGACAACGGUGCUAAGACUGCCGUUAGCGAGAUUGAAGGCCGCAAUGCGUUUGCCAAUAUGCUCAUCAAUGACAAGUCUGGCAAGCUGUCCAUGAUGACUGGCGGCGACCCCUCCAACCCUGCUGAUUUUGGCCCGGAGAUCAAGAACAAGGCCCUCAUUUUGUCUCAGUAA